AUGGGGAAUUUUAGCUCUCGGAAGAAUACUCAAUUCAUAUUUUAUGUCAAAACCAUGACACUGGCGAACUAUUUCCUUUUCGUGUCGAUAUUUUUUGAUAUCUACAGUUUGAAUUUAGCCGCAGACUGUCAGAGAAGAUGCGAACAAAGCAAAGGAAGUAUUGGUAAAACGGGAAUGAAAAAUCUGGCUAUGCAAGGGCACAGCUUUAAAAAUUACACGCUGUCGAAACCGUAUGACUGUCAUGUAAAAUGCUUUGAGGAGAAAUGUAAAUGCAAAGCGUACCAAAUAAGGGAAAAUCGAUGCGAGUUGCUGGAUGAAGACAGAUUUUCUGCUCCUGAAGACUUUUUCAAGGAAAAGGGGUACACUUAUUAUGAUAUGAAUAGAGAAUACGUCAAUCAGGUAACCAGUGAAUCUAAUGUCGAAUGUCUCCUGCUUUGCCAAAGGAAGACACAGACAGUCUGUCUAGAUUAUACUUAAUCAGAGUAAGGAUUGUAUUUAGGCUUUAUUCGGUAUUGCCUCGUCAUGUAGUUAAUAAAACAGGUUGCAAUCUUUUGAUAGAAAUGCACUAUUUUGGAAGCCAGGGGGGGGGGGGGGUACUCCUCGGAAUUCUUGGGGGGGGUGGGCCGCCUGGUUCUCAAAAUUUUGACCCUUUUUUAGACUGUGAAAAACUUUAAUUUUCCAAACCCGUUUUCCAACCAGCCCCUUAAAAUCCAUAUACCCGUUUCCAAACCCGUCCUUCCGGCACAAAUUAAGUUAGAAUUACUUACACUGGACCGCAAAAUGUCCGUUGUGUGUGGGAUAUGACUGGAGGGGUUACGUGUGUGUCCACUAGGUCUGUUUGGGGGGGGGGGGGGGGGGGGUUGUUCUCCUCGGAAUUCUUGGUGGGGGUGUGCCGCCUGGUUCUCAAAAUCUUGACGCUAUUUUAGACUGUGAAAAACUGUAAUUUUCCAAACCCGUUUUCAGACCAGACCUCUAAAAUCCAUAUACUCGUUUCCAAACCUGUCCUUCAGGCAGAAAUUAUGUUAGCAUUACUUAGCUUGGAGCGCAAACAAAACGAUUCUUCAAAUCCAACUCGAAUUCGCAAAUUUCUCUUUCUUUCUUACUCAUUUGGAAUUGAGACGAUAAAUACGUUCAUACACUUCCGUAGUUCCCUCGAUAACCAUACCCGUUUUCAGACCAAAACAGCGCAAAAACCCUACCAGAUGGGGUGGCACAUACCUGUAUACUAGCUUAUAUAGGAGAGUACCCCCCGGGUUUGGAAGGCUGAAGUUUUGAAAAGGAGGACAACAUGCAUCUCAGCUUUCAAAUUCCGUGUUGCUUUUAAGGACGUGGUACUUUAAAAUCUUGUUCCUUAAUUUUCAGCACCCUCUUUUCUUCAGAGACCCCUUUAUCUCUCUCUUGAAAUUAAGAACUUUUGGUUACGCUUCCCCUCAUGGUGCAGUUCGAAUCCUAAAAAUACUGGAUGGAUGAACAAUAUCUGUAACUCACUUCAAGUGGUUUCUGUGUUCCCUUUCUUAUUUUGAGGCAAGAGGUUUCUUGUUUGUGCAAAACAAUGUGGAAGAAAAAUAGCUUUCUUGAUUUUUCUUGUGCUUGACGCUCUGCGCACCGAGCUCUUUACAAAACAUUCCCAUAUUGUUGACAGUUUAUAAAGCAAGGAGGUUGAUUCAGCGAAGUAUAUAUUUCGGCAUUUGCAUGAAAUGGAGCAAACCUAAAAGCGGAGCUUUCAUUAAAAUUCAUAAGAAGGAGAUAUUAUUUAAGGCACAUUAUAAAAAAGAUUUAAUAGAGAAGGUCCUGCAAAUAAUAAUCUAUAAUAAUGUAUAAAGAUCAUUGCUACAUGCACUUUUAACAUACUCUCCCCUUGUACUAUAGACAUUUGUAAACAAGGCUUGCAAAGAGCAACCACUCCUUAACAAGUGCUGUAAUCAGAAUUUAUGUGCUCAUGGUGGCACCUGCACUGAGUUAAGUGACGACGCUAAAAACAAGUUCAACUGUACAUGCGCAGUGGGAUAUUACGGCAGACUUUGUCAGAAACGAAGAGCAACGUCUUGCAAAGAGCAACUACGGAAAAUCAAAGGGAGCCAGUCCGGAGUGUAUCAACUGUUUGACCCAACGACUAUGUCCAUGUACGAAGUCUUUUGUGAUGCUGUCUCUGAAAAAGGAUUCGUUUGGACUUUGAUUGAAUCUUUCAGCUUUCGAAAUAAUAAUGAAUUUGCCGAUAAAGCAUUUUACAAAGAGUAUCCGCUAAACCAGGAAGCCUUUACAUGGAGCAAGUUUCGUCUGUCUUGGUCACGCAUGAUAACCACAGCAAAGCGCUCAACGCACGUGCGAGCAACGUGCAACUUUAACACUGAAGAACUUAAAUACAGAGAUUACUUAAGGGCCAAGUUACAUGAUAUCGACGUUAUGCGCUUUAAAGGCCGUGGUGCAUGUAAAAAAUACGAAUUUAUUAGCAUCCGAGGAUAUAACUGUAGCAACUGCACGGCUCAGUUCGUCCAAACAGAUAAUUGGCAUGCGCAUACUGAUUCGUUUUGGGGUCCAAAGAUCGGGUGUCAGUUUACCAGCCAAUCCACAGGUGCAGUGAAGUUACCGGGAGGGGAGGAUAACUUCGGAUGGUAUGAAACAGUCAAUCCGGUUCACAGAUGUGUAUCGAGUGAUGAUUCCACCACUCAGUGGUGGUUUGGAGUUCGGCAUCACUAG